AUGCGCCUUUCACUGAGCACUCUGGGGUUAUGGUUCUGUCUUGUUUCCGCCACUCGUCUUGACCUGCGAGCCACCUGGAAUGGUCCCCUUAGCACUCGGGGUCGUUAUGUCGUCGAUGCAAGCGGCAACCGCUUCAGAAUGCGAGGCGGAAACUGGCACGGUGGAAGCGGGACUUAUUCUGGCUCUGGUGAUAUCAACGACGAUGCAAACCACCAUUCCGGAGAGAAUUCACACACUAUGCCGCUUGGUCUCCAAUACGUCCCCAUCGACAAGAUUGUGGAUUCUUUUGUUGAAAUCGGCAUCAAUACCAUUCGUCUUCAAUUCUCCCAUGGGAUGAUCCACGACAACGCUAUCAUUAGCGAUGCUUCUGUCGCGGCAAACCCUCAGUUCAAAGGACUCACCCCAUUACAAGUCUACGACGCUGCUGUCACGGCCCUCACCAACCGUGGCAUCGCAGUUAUUCUCAACUACCACACCAUAACAAGUAUCUGGUGCUGUGGGGUUGACGGAAAUGAGCGAUGGGAUGCUUCGCAAAGCUUCGAUACAUAUGCAGCUGACUGGGUCUUCAUGGUCAACCGAUACAAAUCAAACAAGCGGGUUGCCGGCGCAGAUCUCUACAACGAGGUCCGCCGCGACAUUCUGACGGACCCGAACUGGGGCAAUGGCGACGGUGCUGACUGGCAACAAGCUUCUCAGCGUGUUUCGGACCAGAUCUUGACAGCCAAUCCUGACCUCCUCAUCGUCGUCGAGGGUAUAAACUGGGUCGGCAUUCCAGUUGAUGGCUUUGCCCACAGCCGUCCCACCCUUAUUCCUGUUGCCCAACUCUCGCAUACUACACUCAUUCCACACAAGCUUGUUUAUAGCGCUCACUUCUACUCGUACACUGGUCCCAACCAUAGUGGCGCGACCGGCAUUGGCGAAACCAGCGACCCUCGUUACCGCGAUCUCAGCCGAGAUGACCUUUUCUCUGUGGUCAAGAGCUCCGCGCUGUAUGUCGCUCUCACCAGCCAAAUGCAUUAUACCGCUCCAGUUUGGAUUUCUGAGUUCGGAGUCGCUGGUCGCACUGACAACCUUGCUUUGGACCGCGCCUGGUGGCAGAACUUUAUGGAUUUGCUCGCCCAAACGGAUGCUGACUACGCGUUUUGGCCACUUGUUGGUUAUCUCGAUGCGACCACGUUGGCUGGCAAUGGAUGGGCAUUGAUGAACUGGGAGAAAACUGUCGGAGGUGGUACUCGCAAGGGCCUUCUCGACGGAGACGAUUGGCGAGCAACUGCGUGGAACCAGGUACUGAAUGGCAAUUCGGCGACUGGUCAGAUCGCAUCGGUUCCUGAAUGGAAGCAGCUCAACCUUGACCACGGCGAUUUCAUCCAGUCGCAGUAUGUGCGAGCAAAUCUUGGAGACUGGGACAGUGGUGCUUUCAAGGCGAACUGCCCCGACAACCUACGGCUAAUCGGGCUGUCUCAUGGCUCAACGCGUAGCCUCUGCACCGAUGUUGGUUUGGGGAAUUUGUGGAACGGCGCGACUCAAACUGUAUGGGACGAGCGAUAUGUCAGCAAUGACUGGGCAAGCGGCUACACCAAGUAUACUUGUCCUUCGAACUUCUACGCCGCCGGCUUUGCAAUUCGUGGCUCAAAGGUGUCGACUGUUAUUUGCGCUCGGGCGAACAAGACUCUUGGCACCAAUGGUCGGACGGUGUGGUUUGACCGGGGCGAUGCAAGAGCCGACCAACUUGGUGGUGAUUUUGCGGUGGGCCAAUACAAGGGAAGCUGUGCGACAAAUGAGUUUGUCGGUGGAGUCGCCUUUACAACGAGAGUGGGAAGCAAUGGCGCCCCAGCCGCUAUCUAUUGUGUGUCGUAG